AUGUAUUGUCUCAAUUUGAACUAUGAUCCAAGUGAAUGGAGAUUAUUCAUAGAUUCAUCAAAGCUAAGCUUGAAAGCUGUAUUACUGCACAAUGGAAAUCAUUUUCCAUCAGUUCCUAUUGGCCAUGCAGCUCACAUGAAAGAAACUUACCUAAAUAUGAAAACUCUUCUUAACCCAAUCAAUUACAACGAACACAAAUGGAAAAUUUGUGGUGACCUAAAAGUAUUCCUAAAAAUACAUGAACUUGUGAAAGAUCCUGCAUUUGAUGAAGUUUUGAAGGGGCAAGAAAAAGAAACUUGGGAAUCUCUCAAGGGAGUGAUUUGUGGAAUUUUAGGCAACAGAAGAGAUGAUAACUACAUCCAAUUGGUAACAGUACUUCUGCAAAAAUGCCAUCAACUAAAAUGUAACAUGUCCUUAAAGAUUCAAUUCCUUCACUCACAUUUAGACUUCUUUCCCUUUUGUGGAGCUGUUAGUGAUGAACAUGGAGAAAGGUCCCACCAAGAUAUAUCUGUAACGGAAAAAAGAUAUCAGAUUCGUUGGAAUGAUGCUAUGCUUGCAGAUUAA